ACUCUGACCUUUUAGACUUUUUGCUGGAUAUCGAUUCGAUUGUGAAAGAGCAGCUUUUCAGUAGAAUGGAUUAUAUCUCUUAUGUAUUUGCCCUGCUGGUGAUGACUGGAGGUGUCAUGGGCUUCUUGAAGGCAGGUAGUACCAUGUCACUGGUGGCGGGAGCAAGUAUUGGAGGUCUGUUGGCAUAUGGGGCAUGGCAGAUGUCUCAGAACCCAAGGAAUUUCUUACUCUCUUUUGGAGUGAGCUUGUUCUUGUUUGGUGUGAUGGGGAUGAGGUUCUACAACUCUGGCAAGAUGAUGCCAGCUGGACUAGUGGCCGCACUCAGCCUCGGACAGGUGGUCAGGCUGGGCGCGAGGUUCUUAUGAGAUGGAACGCAAGAGUCACCUCAACAAACAAUGUAAUGACGAUGUAAUGUACUCUUUUAGCUAGCAUUUUAUUACGCAAAUGCAACUCCCUGCUUUUCAAUCUUUAGUCAUUUGUUGUCAUUUUGUAUGAUUCUUCCCCUUGAAAA